CUAAAAGCUGUGCUGUGAUUGGUUGCUAUGGGAAACUAACUUUUUCGUUCCUUUACUUUUUUCUUUUAGCCAGAUAAACUUGUUAUGUUACAUAACUUCGGCCGUAGACCCGGUCACUGCAGGCAAAACCGCGCCCGGUACCGAGUCUGCGGACGGUGUGAACGCUCCUCUGUGCUCGCACAGCGGCUGCAGCUCCCCCUGUCUUCGGGGAGGAGCGGCGAGGGGAGGCGGGGACUGUACAGCGGCAGACACCGCCCGGAAACCAACCAAGGAGACCUGGGGUGAAAUCCCGAGAUUAUCCGACACCGGGCGCCCGGGAACAAGCUGCUCUUCCCCGGCUGAGGCCCCGGACACCCCCCGCCCCGGUGCACGAUGGCGUCCGCCUCCAGGACCCUCCAGCAGUGGUGCGCCCAGCAAUGUGACGGCUACCCCGGGGUCCGCAUCUCUGACCUCAGCUCCUCUUUCCGGGAUGGAUUAGCAUUUUGCGCUCUUAUUCAUCGUCACCGACCUGACCUCAUAGACUUUGAUUCACUAUCAAAAGAGAAAGUCUUUGAGAACAAUCGGCUGGCUUUUGAAGUGGCAGAACGUGAACUGGGGAUCCCAGCGUUACUGGAUCCAGAAGACAUGGUAUCCAUGAAAGUUCCAGACAGGCUUAGUAUCAUGACCUACGUAUCACAGUACUACAACCAGUUCCGCCAUUCAAACCCAGCCGGACUCCCUCAGCUAAAACAAACGUCCCCAACGCAACCUGAGCAAAGCCAAGACGAGGUUCCCCAGGAUAAUCUGGAUACUACCAGUUCUGCAACUCGUGUGGCUCCGAGCAGUACCUGUGCCUUAUGUCAGCAACAUGUUCACCUUGUGCAGCGGUACCUGGCAGAAGGAAAGCUUUACCACCGCCAGUGCUUCAGGUGUAAGGAAUGCUCUGGUACACUCCUUCCUGGUUCGUACCAACCUGGUCCUGUGAAUGGCACAUUUGUGUGCACCCAUCACUAUCGGCCACGUCCGGGCACCGGCAGUCCAGAGUCUGCUGAAAAAGGGUCCGUAGAAAACAAAGUCUUGUCUCCACCAAAGCCACGUACGCCACCAAAGCCACCUCUUCCCAACAAACCACAGAAGGAACAUGAUAGUGACUCUAUAUCAGACACACGACCGGUACCGGCACCAAGAAGAACGAGCGAUGUAAUGCCGCAACCUCUGCCCCGGUCACGAUCUACAGCUGGACAGAGCCCAGCGAGACAAACAAUGAAUGGUGAUCAGCAGGUUGCAACUCCACCAGUUCCUAAACCAAGAGGCAGACCGAGGUCUUCAGACAGGGAGCAGGAAAGAAAGGAUCCACCUUGGAUUUCCUUGGUGGCAGCAUCGGAGCCUAGAAAACGAGCUGCGCCACCCCCUCCACCCACAGUACGAAAACAGGAGGAUUUGGAAAAGAAUACCAAAUCACCAGAAGAUCAAGCCAAACACUACAACCCAUUCGAGGAAGAAGAGGAAGUUGAGGAAAGCAAUAGUACUUUAAAACCAAGCCAUCCAUGGUAUGGAAUUACCCCAACCAGCAGCCCAAAGAGUCGAAAGAAGCCAGCACCUAAAGCACCAAAUGCCUCCCCAUUGGCUCGCCAUUCUGGUCAUCUUACAUCUCGGUUGUCUCAUUCGGAGCCUCCUUCAAGCAGCCCUUCACCAGCUUUAAGCACAGAGAGCCUACCUACAGAAGCUUCCACGAAAGAUCGCUCGUCAGAUAGUGUUGCUAAGAGUUCUUCAGAACCAACUAUUCACUCACCCACGACCUCUGGACCACCAAAUGAAGGCACAGACUUCCUCAAUCAUUCUGUAAUUAACAGCCAUGACAAUAGUCAUCUAUCAACUAGCACCAGUGUUUCCUCAUCUGGUGACCUAGCGAGUACUAGUGAGGUACAUGAAAGCCUGUCCCCAGAAAAGAGAGACUCCUCCUGUGAUAGCCUCCCAAUGAGUCCUAGCAGACCAGCCCCACAACCCCCUGAUCUAGACACAAGUACAUCUCCAGAAGCCAAACAGACACCAAAGGCUUCAUGCAAGGAGAACCCUUUCAAUAGAAAGUCCUCUCCAGUCACCUCUCCUGCCAGCAGAAAAAGCAAGAAAGGUCCAAAACCUGCCCGGCCACCUGCACCAGGACAUGGCUUCCCACUUAUCAAGCGCAAGGUUCAGGCUGAUGACUACAUUCCAGAAGACGAAAUUCAGAUGGAGAUGGAGGACAUUGAGAUACGACUAGAUGCCCUCGAGCAGCGAGGUGUGGAGCUUGAGCAAAGGCUUCGCAAGCUACAGGAUGAGACGGAAGAAGACGCUUUGUUGGUGGAUUGGUUCAAACUUAUCCAAGAGAAGCAUACACUGGUACGCCGAGAAUCAGAGCUGGUGUACACCAUGAAGCAGCAGAGCCUUGAGCAACGUCAAGCAGAUGUGGAAUAUGAGCUUCGUUGUCUUCUGAAUAAACCGGAGAAAGACUGGUUGGAUGAAGAUAAGGAGAGAGAACAGGUACUUAUGCAGGAGCUGGUGACCCUCAUUGAGCAGAGAAACGCGAUUGUCAAGUGCCUGGAUGAAGACAGACAGAGGGAGGAAGAGGAGGACAAGUUAUUAGAAGCAAUGAUCCAGAAGAAAGAUUUUCACACCGAUUCCCGUAAGAAGAAGAAAGGGAAAUUCAAACCGAUGAAAGUCUUCAAGCUUCUAUCUCCAAAACAAGAUGCAAAAACAAAGAGCCCAAAGGACAAAACUCGGGUGCAGGAGGACGGGGCCAAGAGGUAGAUAAGGAUGGAAGCGGAGAUGAACAGCAGGACACUCGCUUCAUCUUUGUUGUGCCUCCCCCUUCCUUCCAAGAUGCUGCCUGUCUCUCAAGUAAAGGAGUCAUGACUUGGACGCCCGGGCAGAUGUAACUGCACUGAGUCAUUAUUUGGCAGAUGAGGCUUAUACCCUACAUGGAAGCUGCAGUUGGUGACAUAGAAGGGGUCAUGUUUAUAGCCUCUCUCUCUGCCAGAAAUUGCUUUGUCUAUGAAAUGCGUUGGCAGCGUAAUGAACAGGACUUCUAUAGUCAGAGUUAGGUUUUCCCUCACAUAUCUGAAUUAUUAUUCUUGCUUAGAAAGAACUGAGUAACUACUGAGGUAAAUCCUUCAAACUAGACUAGAUAUGUUACAUUUGACUUAUGCUGAGUAUUUGAAUUGGCAGACCUUUAGACGCAUUUUAUGCCACCUCUUGUUGCCUGACUUUAAAGUGUACCUGUCACGAUGAGCCGCAGCGGGAGAUGUUUUAAUGUACCGGGCAACCUUGUAGCACAAGGCUUAUUCCAGGAGUGAUGUGGUCAGGAGUUGGACUUUCGAUUCCCCAAUACAAGUCCAUAGGAAUUCCAGCAUUCCGACUCCUGAUGGCACAAGUCUCUGGCUAUGAGAUUGAAUUUAAAAGGAACUAAUCAGAAGGUUUUAGCAUAUAUAACGCUCAACUACUCGUGAUAUAUGCUAAAAUCGUUAUCCUCACUAUCCCCAGGGGACGUUAUUGCCCCCAGAGAUGGUGAAGAUAUUAAGUUGUAAAGUCCCCCCACAGCCGCCCAGCAAGUAGUCCUCUGGGCGGGGACUUACACUUACCAGCACCCGUUUCUGCUUGUUGCUCCGGCCGUGGCCCUGAUGGCUUGAAUGACAGUUCGUGUCAUCGCUCUGCUCCCUAAGCAGACAGUAGAGCGGUGACGAGAGCCGUUCCUCAAGACGAGGAGCGGGACCACGGCCGGAGCAACAAGUAGAAACGGGUGCUGGUAAGUGUAAGUCCCUGCCCUAAGGGGCGGACUUUAUAACUUAAAGGGAUUAUCAAGGAAAAAACUUUUCUUUAUAUAUCAACUGGUUCCAGAAAGUUAAACAGAUUUGUAAAUUACUUCUAUUAAAAAAAAUCUUAAUCCUUUCAGUACUUAUGAGCUACUGAAGUUGAGUUGUUCUUUUUUGACUAAGUGCUCUCUGUUGACACCUGUCUCGGGAACUGUCCAGUGUAGAAGCAAAUCCCCAUAGCAACCCUCUCCUACUCUGUGCAGUUCCCGAGACAAGCAGAGAUGUCAGCAGAGAGCAGUGUUGCCAAACAGAAAAGAACAACUCAACUUCAGCAUCUGAUAAUUAUUGGAAGG